AUGACGCAGACACGAUCAGAUGAUGAAGACGAGAAAGAAGAUGUCAUGAAGAAAGGAGCCGGGCAAGAACCUCUGCCGCUAGAAGAAGAAGGGCAAGGUAACGACCACCGGCGGCGAGAUUUGGGUUCCCCGGCGCCAGGACAGAUUAGCGGGAAAAGGUCCAUUGCCGCGGCAAAGCCAGUAAAGAAACCGCGGUCUAACCGUAAUCGCGUCAAGCAACAAGAUUCGGAUUUCCCAUUGAUUGACGGCAAAGAAAUGGUACCGGGAGCGAAGAAAGGAACAGAGCAACCGUCGGAUCUGCAUCUACCGUCGUUCAUCCGCGAACUUCAAGCUGUCGCCGAACGGGAGAAGGAUCUCGGGACAGUUUUCGAAGACGAAAUCACCAUGAUUCCGAAUUUCAAUUCGCCGGUGUUUUCCCCCACCUUACGCCUACCGCCGUCGUAUUUCACCGGAGGAAGCACUGCCGGAGACGGCGCAGAAACGGCGCCCGAUGCAGAGAAUCCAGAAGGAGGAAAGCAACCGGGUGACAGCGGCCUUACGAAGAUGAAAUCAUCAGCGGUUUCAGGUCCACCGUCGGUCAUCAGCGAACUUCAAAUCCCCACAUCGGAAACAGAGCAUCAAAAGCUAGAGAACGAGCCAGAGGCAGCUUCCGACGACGGGAAUGAGAUGAUCCCAAAUUUCAAUUCGACGGUGUUCUCGCCCAACUUACCCCUACCGCCGUCGUAUUUGACAGGAGGAAGCACAGCCGGAGACAGCGCGGACACCGGCCCGAAAGCAGAGAAGCCCGAAGAAGCAGAGCAACAGGGUAGCGGCGGCCUUACGAAGAUGAAUUCAUCAGCGGUUUCAGAUCCAACGCACCGCCGUGGAAACAGAGCAUCGAAAGCUAGAGAACGAGCAAGAGGCAGCUUCCGGCGAUGGAAACGAGAUGAUCCCAAAUUUUGA